AUGAGCUGCGGCGGCGGCUGCGGGUUCGACUUGGGGCGCGGACCCCAGCGCCUCAUGCGCUCUGGCAUUACCCUGAUUGUCCUGGGCCACGUGAACUUCAUCCUGGGCGCCAUCGUGCAUGGCACGGUCCUGCGCCACGUGGCCAACCCUGAGCGCACGGUCACCUCCGAGUACACGACCACCAACGUCAUCUCCGUCGGCUCUGGGCUGCUGAGCAUCACUGCUGGGAUUGUGGCCAUCUUGGUGUCCCGGAACCUCCUCAAGGCAGCCCUGCACUGGGCCUUGCUGUGCGUCUCGCUGCUGAACUGCCUGCUCUCUGCCGCCUGCAGCCUGGGCUUGGCUCUGGCCAUCUCCCUCACCAUCGCCAGCAGGGGGCACCGCCUGAUGGUGGGAUGCAACAGCUCCGCCCUUCCCGCCGACGCCCGGGCUGCCAUCGCCACCAACGACUGCCCCUUCGACACCACCCGCAUCUACGACACGGCCCUGGCGCUUUGGUUCCCCUCCAUGGUGAUGGCUGCGGUGGAGGCUGUGCUCUCCGGCAGGUGCUGUGUGGUGUCCCUGAUCCUCCGCGGCAUCGGUCCCUGUGCAGACACCUACAUCCGCCAACAGCUGGAGGAAGAGACGGCGACAAAGAAGGUGGCAUCUGAGGACCGGCACAGGCAAGAGCUGUGCCAGCUGCUGGCUGUGGAGGACGGGGCCCGGGCCUAGUGGCAGAGGUGCUGCUCCAGGAACCCCCAGACCACAUCAGCCGGGAGUGGGGGGUGAAGCGCCCAUUAUGCUGAUGCUGACCCAU